AUGGUUGUUGGCACUUUUUCGCCCAUUGACGAAACACACUUGCCCGACGACACCGAUAGCACCAAGAGGAGGAAGCUUCUCGAGACGAUACUCAGGACGAACAAGGUGCUGCAGACAAUCAAAUUCGACUUGUUUGACGCCAGCGGCAAGCCCAUGCAGUUGAUAGAUUCUUCCGAUUCUGCAAUCACCACCAGUGUUCGUUCCGCUGUGUCGCGGAACACAACCCUGACAUCUUUGAGCCUGCACGAAGGACUCCCGGACGCAAUACAGGCACAGUUGGAUGGGAACUUCUUCAGGUCGAAUUCUCUCGUUGCCGUUGAAGACGAUUAUGAGACAAGACGAACCAUCGUCGAAAUGGUUGUAGAAGCCGAUUCCUACGCGGAUCGAAGGCCAUUGGCCAACCGAGUGUAUCAACUCCUGCGUCAGAAACCAUCUGUGCUCCUGAACUGUUCUCGGCAAUUGCAAGACUGA